GUAAUAACUUGUUUCAUCCAUCUUUCACGAACAAUCACGAAGGCCCAUCAGCCAAACAAGUUUUAUACAUCCAGUUUGCACAAUGGAUUUUAAUACCCACAUGCGAAGGGGACACCCUAUUGUAUUCGCGUUGAUCAUCUUCUUCUGUAUCAUCGAGCUCGCAAUCUCGGCCUGGCUCACGUCACGUUUUAAUACAUACUACAACUACUUCAGUCUAUCAGAACGAGACAGCACACGCUUUCUACUGUUCGCUUCAAUAUGGACGAUCGUAUUAUCUGGUGCCUACAUGUUUUUCUUCUUCUCUAUGCCAGAUAGCCCCAUGAGUAGUGUUGCUUCUCAUCUCGUCUUCCUGUUGUUAACAUGGAUUUUCUGGACUGCGGGUGCUGCAAGUAUAACCGCAGCUCUUGGUGGAGGGCUGAAUUGCAAUACCCAGAACGUGUUCGUGUAUUGCGGGCAACUUAACGCGCUAGAAGGUUUUGCUUGGAUUAUUUGGCUUAUUGUAACUUUCGCAAUUUUUGUUGUGCUUAUACGCGGCAUCCUCGCGGCACGUCGAGGUGAUGGGAUGCGCGGGGCACUGAUUGCAUGAGUGAGCAGGCUGUCCCAGCUCGCUUAGGUCGCCGCGCGCAAGACAUUAUCUUUAGCUUUUAUUCCAAUUUCUAGGACAUCUUUCUUUAUAGUUCUUUCUUCUGCAGAUGAUGUGCGACACUUGUAUUGCUACAUCUACGUCAUGCCUUGCCACGAUUUUACGAUUACUGACAUAUCUAGCUCAUGUCUUUCCCAUGUUCCAAUAUCACUACAGUCACUGCGGAAACGAGAUGUUAGCUCCACCAUAACCUGAUCACCUUGCUUGCAUUCCAGACUCGGCGUGGACGCCUGGAAGUUGCCAGAGACUUACAUAAACGGAUGCACUGAUCUGGAUGAAUAGUCCUGACUCAACCGUUCA